AUGGAGGAUGGAGGAUGGAGGAGGAGGAGGAGGAGGAGGAGGAGGAGGAUGGAGGAGGAGGAGGAUGAUGCGAGAGGCGAAGGUGAUGCUGAUUUUUCCUACCUGCACCAUAUGUUGACGCAAAGAAGGAGACGCACGGACCUCAAGUCUACGAGGAUUUCAGACGCUGUCGCUCAGAGACCUCGUCCGGAGGCCAACGAAGCUCGGAGAAUCAACGACGAGAUAGAGCGACAACUUCGGAGAGACAAGAAAAACGCACGCCGCGAGUUCAAACUGCUCCUUCUCGGGACUGGCGAAAGUGGAAAGAGCACUUUUAUCAAACAGAUGCGGAUCAUCCACGGUCGAGGCUACUCCGAAGAGGACCGGAGAGACUUCACCAGGCUGGUUUAUCAGAACAUUUUCACUGCCAUGCAAGCCAUCAUCCAGGCCAUGAACCUCCUCUACAUCCCCUACAUGUUCGACGACAACAAGAAUCGAAUGGAAGAGAGUAUGGCACUGUUUCAGACCAUUCUGCACAGUCAGUGGUUCCUCUCUGCGUCUGUGAUCUUGUUUCUCAACAAAGUCGACCUGCUGAAAGAGAAAAUCAUAUAUUCACAUUUAGUGGACUAUUUCCCAAAAUAUUGUGAAAACACGACCGUUCCCAACCUCAACGAAGUCAAAGAGAACAUGACCAUGGGAACCACGCUGGUGACCAAUCCCAAUGGAGGAUUUCUGGCAGAGUAUUUUUAG